AUGACCCCUUCAGAAUCUGCACCAUUACUCGGAAACGGUGGCCACACAGGUCAUAGAAACCUCCCUUUUGCUCGUCGCGUUGUCAACUUCAUGAAAGGCGAGGGAGAGCCAUCAUGGGAAGAAUCGUUCAAGUUCUUUAUUUUUGGGUCAUGGCUCAAUAUCCUACUCAUAUUUGUACCUCUGAGCGUCAUCUCACACAACAUGGACUGGGACGGUGGCCUUGUAUUUUUGUUUAGCUUUAUGGCCAUCGUGCCCUUGUCUAGGCUAUUAGGCGAGGCGACAGAUCAGUUGUCGGUCGAGUUAGGAGAAAAUAUGUCGGGCCUCCUCAAUGCAUCCUUUGGGAAUGCGGUAGAAAUUAUCGUCGGCGUUGCUGCUUUACUCAAUGGUCAACUACGAAUUGUUCAGAUGUCUAUGAUUGGAUCGAUAUUGUCAAACAUGUUACUCGUCCUUGGUUGUUCGUUUCUUGCCGGUAAGGGACCUCUGGUUUUGGGCUCAUUCGUUAUAGGAUUUUUCAAUGGUACUGGAGCUCAGGCGUGCCUUAUGACUCUGUUGUGCAUCACGCUUGUUGUUCCUGCGGCCUAUGCAAGUACCACAAAAGCUGGAAUGGAGAAUUAUUGCAGUGAUCUUGAUGCAUGUCUCGCUGCGGGUCUUCUCUUCAUCUCCAGAGGAACUGCCAUGUUGCUCCUAGGGGUAUACUGUGCCUACCUCUGGUUUCAGUUAAAAUCUCAUCCCAAUCUCUUCAUCGCGCCUUCACCUAAGGAUGAACAAAACAGUGAUGUAACAGUGGCAUUGGCGGAAACGGACGAAACACGUCGCAUGGGAACGGCCGCUGCCGGUGUUGCACUUUUAUUGGUCACUGUCGUCAUCACAUUUUGUGCUGAGUAUUUGAUCACCUCCAUCGAAGAAACUAUGGCCCGAUAUUCCAUCUCAAAGGCCUUCAUUGGUGUUAUCUUGUUGCCGAUCGUGGGAAAUGCCGCAGACCAUCUCACUGCAGUCUGGAUGGCAACGAAGAGUAAAUGCGAGCUCACCAUCACCAUUUGCGUUGGAGUUCGAUUCGUUGACCAACCCCUGACGUUGCACUUCCACAACUUCGAGACAGUCAUGCUCUUUGUAUCUGUAUUCCUGGUCAAUCUAUUGCUCAUGUCAGUUUCCCCUUUACCACAUGACAGUUUCCCUUUCGUCGAGAUUUACCUCGCUUGUUUCAGGUAUGGAAAUGCCAAUUAUCUGGAAGGUCUCAUGCUCAUUACCCUCUACUUGGUCAUCGCACUUGCAUGUAAGUUGCCCAUUGAGACUUUUAAUCACAUUCUCAUCGCCACUAGUUUGGGUAGCCUGACAUACCAUUGAUUAUUGGCGGUACAUGUUUGCGACUGCUAGUAAGUCAAUUUCUGCGCCAUCUAUUUCCUCCUGCACUACCUAUUUAUUUCGGCGACACCUAUUUAUCUCUGCGGCACUAAACAUGUAUGUACAUAUACUCGAUUGCAUUACUUCGUCGAAGAGAAGUAGUAGUAUCAUACGUAGUUUCAUUAUUAUGCAAAUGUGAGGGGUGAUGUGUAAGAUAACCUGUCUUCCUGUUUUGG